AUGUGGAGACUGUGCAGGGCCUAUUGGAAGGCCUGCAAAGUUCUAGAAGCUUGCAUUCCCAUCCACAUACUGGGGGUGGUGACGCUGUUCAAUCUUUUCAUCCUAUGUAAGCAGACCAUGCUCUACUCACGGAUAACGCAGGACAGAUGGCAUGUGAAGGGAUGCGCUGGGCUCAAAAGCAAAGAAGGAUUACUGCCGUUGACCUAG